GUCGGAUUGCAGCCAACCAUCCCAGGUCGGACUCCCUCAAAUCAAAAGUCGACUAGUCUUGAAGAGUCUGGCGGCCUGCAAAUCGAGUGGGAAAUCCGUCCGACGGAUCGGCUCAACUAUGUUGCUUAUCGGAAGCAACACCUGAGGGUGCCCAAGGCGCUGGCGGGUGCCACCGGCCCGGCGCCAGACGCAGCGGAGACGCUGACGUGGCUGGUGCGGGGGUCCAGCGCGGCGACGGAGCUGGAGGAUUCACAGAGCUCACAGGGCUCGCAGAAGGAGCCAGGUUGGUGCAGUGCUAAUUUGGUGUCAAUCCAGGACACGGAGAGUGGCAUAGCUUUGCAGACUCGGAAAGUGCCGACAGAUCCACCUGCACCUCCAAAUCCACCAACAUCGGCAGUGGCUCCAGUCAGGAAGGCCUACUUGAAGCACCGCCUUGUGGGGAAGCAAUCCUUAGGGCCUCGUCUUGGUUUUGCCCCCAGCCUUGAGCGCCCUGCCCGCUUGGGAUCCAAGUUGCUGCGGGCACGCUUGGGGCACAGUUUGCAGCCACCCGAGCGGGGCUUCUUGGUGCGAGUUCAUGGGGAUGGCUGGGGCAGCGGCCAGGGGAGCUACUUGGCCACGGUCACCGAGGCGGACACCACCACCUUCACGGUGAUCCGGCGCGGAGAUUGUUAUGGAUCCUGGGACGAGACGCACGUGUUGAAGACAUGUUGCUCCAUCAUGGCCCGGACCAGCUCCAAAGAACAUGUCUUCCUGGCUUCUGCCAAAGCGACGAGGGCCUGAAUCGCCUGAACAUGGGCAAAACGGUCCCGGAGUCCUACAGCUCUUGUAUUUGCCAAUUUUGGUGGCAGCUUUGUACAGAUCUUUAGGACUGCUGCCAGGGUUUGGACUCUGUGGCUUGUCACUGCUUUC